CCUCUUUAUAUUCGCUCGCCUGGCCUGUUCCGAGUCCUGUUCCUUUGGAUUCUUGCCUUGGAUCUUUCUAAGCCAGGAGCUACCCCAGGAGCUAACCGAGAGACCACCGAGAGACCACUGUCUACAGAUCCCGGACACGCACGGCGAGCGCAAACGUACCAGCCAGGAUGACUCAAGACGAGGCGGCGGCGGCGGCGGCAGCGGCGGGCAACGAGAACGUAGAGGCCGAUGACCCGGGUCUGCUUAUGGCGAUCCUGAGCUCCCCGCUCAACCUGAUGCUGCUGGGCCUUUGCUGCUACCUGCUCUACAAGAUAAUCCGGGGGGAUCGGUCCCAGCCCAUCCAGAAGAGAGACGACGAAGACGGGCCGCCGCUGCCCAAGCUCAAGCGCCGCGACUUCACUCUGGAAGAGCUGCGCCCCUUCGACGGCGUCCAGAACGAGCGUAUCCUCAUGGCCAUUAACGGGAAGGUCUUCGACGUGUCCCGCGCCAGGAAGUUUUACGGGCCGGAUGGUCCUUAUGGGAUUUUUGGUGGAAGAGAUGCAUCCAGAGGCCUUGCCACCUUCUGCCUGGAUAGAGAGAUUCUGAAGGAGGGACAUGAUGAUCUUUCUGAUCUUGAUGCCACCCAGAGAGAGACCCUGAGCGACUGGGAACAACAGUUCGAAUUUAAAUACCACUACGUGGGCAAGCUGCUGAAGGAUGGGGAAGAGCACACUGUAUAUUCAGAUGAUGAAGAAGGAAAAGCCCAAGAAGGAGGGAAAGCCGAAGAAGAAGGAAAACCCCAAGAAGAAGGAAAAGCCCAAGAAGAGGAGAAACCCAAGGAUGCUCAGGCUCGCAAGGAUGAUUAGUGGAGAACGAUCUUGAAAUUGUUAUGAGUUUUUUUUUAAAUCUUGCAUUCCGAUUUUCUCUCAGUCUAAACCAGUUUUGGUUUUAGAAAUAGUAUGUGAAUUAUCUUUAAUUAAAUACAUUUAAAUCUACAUUCCUACAUAACCUUGCCAAGUCAGCAUUAAACUUCUUAAAGAUAAUGUGAUACAAAUCUGGCAAUGGGGUUACAACAGAACCCAGUUCUUUGGUAAAUAAAGGGGGCAGCCACCCAAGUCUUGAUGCUGUGCAGUUUCCAUACAUUUAAUGGUGCUUUCCAAAAGCCCUCCAGCUUGGGAGAUAGCAGGUAUUUGUUAAGGUAGAGUUUUUCUCCCUUUCCUGUAUUCACAGUGAAUCGAAGGGGAUCAAACAGCUUUCCAUUCCUUUACAGCAGCAAUGUUGCUAUUAUGAUUUUUUUAAAAAAAUCUGACCUCUGUUUAUUAACUACAGCUCCACCAUAACCCAUAUUCGGGCACAUAUUCUCAAUUUAUGUCUACUGCAAGUUGCUUCUGUAUGGUUUACUCAUAAUCUUGAUUACUGUUAAUAUUUGGGAGUAGGGGCUAUUAUAUGGUUCCUUAGUGAUGUAUUGCUCCAAAUAUGGGGUAUAUAUAAACAUCUGCCUUUGCUGGGUCAACCCAAUGGCGAAAGCCCCUGCAUCAGAUUUCAUUAGAACGGUCUGGGAGCAAGCAGGAUCCAUGAACACUGGACCUGGAAAAAAUCCACCAAUGCAGCCUCGAACAAAUGGGAAAACAACAGCUUCAAAACCUGCAGAAAGAUUUGUUUAGGUCUGAGGAAUAUCUUCCUUGAUGUUAGUGUAUGUUGUGGAGCCUAGAUUAGAUGGCCAUAGUUCAUGUAUGGCUUAAAAUUUGAUUUUGUGAAGCCUGAACUGCAUCCUUAGCUGAGAGGUUCUUUGGAAGCUCACCAGCAUACACUGAUUACAGUGCUUAAGGAUUAGACAACCAUUACUUCAAAGAUGCUUGGCUCACCAUUACUGUACAGCUGCAAGGUGCUCUUAGCUUCUGUGCCCUGACUCUGUACCACAGAACCCUUGCAAAGUGCAGAAGACAAAAAUGAAAUUAGGAUUGGCCUUACUAUGGGUAAAUAGCUUGAAACAACAA